AUGAACCCACUGGGCACACCGGGCGGAGUCGUCAGUCCGCGGAACGAGCGGGCCUUCGACCUGCUGCGGGAGGCUAGACAGGCCAAGGACGCCGACUCUCCUCGCUUUUUCAAGGCCGCCGUGCUGAAAACCUACUUUACACCAUGUGCUGACAUCAGUGGACCAGGUGGCGCGGGAGCCAAGGAGACGAAACCGUCCAUCAGGCAGCUGGCGGCGAUUUUCGAGGUCCCGCGAUCUACUGUCGGCAACUGGAUCGCGCAUCACCGCCAUCAAGCCGAUCUCUUCGCCCGUUCUACCCUCGAUCAGGCAGUUGAUCUAGUUCAGGAUGACGCCGUCCCGGGGGACCACAACGUCUUCCUCCGGUCGGAGGAGCUCAAGAUCGUCAACUACCUUGUUCGGAGCGCAUUUGCUCACGUCGCCCUCACCAAACCCGAUACAAUCGAACUCUUCAUGCGCCUGUCUCAAGCUCCACGACCAGAUGGAAAGCCUCGCCGCCAGUUCGGUCCCAACGGCCCGAGCGAGUCGUUUUUGGAGCGGUUUUUCGCCGAGUUUUCCGACGAACUCCGCUGGAUCACUGCACACUCGAUCGAAACCAUUCGUACGGCCGCGAUGAACGAGGAAACCCUCAGAAGCUUCUUUGAGCGCCUGCAGGAGCUUUGCGACAAGUCUGGAGGGAAGCUGUGGGCCGAGCCUGGGCGGAUUUUCAGCUGCGUCCGGAAACUCAGCGCCUCCUUGACGCUUUCGUGA